CGACAACGACGGCAUUGUUCAUGUUGGGUAUUUGUCGCGAGGAUUGUCAUCAACAUCGCUGCGGCCAUCCUUCCCACAGAUCGCUUGAGAUUCUGCCUGCCUCGCAAACAUGGCGACAACAUUGGUCCUCCGACCUCUCCGCCAAACACUCACCAGCGCCCUCCAACCGCGCUGCGUUCAGACAAUCCGCACGUCGCUCCUACAGCCCGCACCAUCUUCACACAUCCUUGCGUCCUCGCGCCGGACGUUUUCGCAUUCGCCUUUCUUCCGAACAACAUACAACCAAGUGAUUCGCGGCUGUCGACAGGAGCAACGUGCACGAAAAUCGCGCUCGCCUGCGAUGAAGGACCACCCAGAAAUGAAGGGCGUGUGUGUGCGUGUGGGUAUAGUCAAGCCGAAGAAGCCCAAUUCAGGAGAGAGAAAGGUGGCGAGGGUGAGGUUGAGCAGUGGGAGGUUGAUUACGGCGUAUAUCCCUGGCGAAGGUCACAACGUUCAACAGCACUCCGUGGUUCUAGUACGAGGAGGUCGAGCACAGGAUUGUCCCGGAGUCAAAUACCAUUUGGUCCGAGGAGCAAUGGAUUUGGGAGGAGUCGGUAACCGCGUCACGAGUCGAUCGAAAUAUGGCACGAAGAAGCCCAAGGCGACAUAAACAGACGACGGCAGCUUUUCUUGAACCAUUAUUUGAUCAUUUUGAAAGCGAUUUCUUGAACUUGAUUCGCCAUUGCGGCGCAUGACACAUUUCAGAUGGUUUCUUGGUCGAGAAGGGGAAAUAAGACCUUUUCGGAGAAUAUUCAAACAAUGACGUAAGGAUACUAUCACAUCUGGUUUAUGUCUUUUGGGGAUAAUCAUCUCUUGCUCAAACGGAUGCUGUGGCGACUGGACUCACAGUGAGUCGGCAAAUUGACAUUGGGACUAAGGAAUGAAGAUCACUCACACAGAGCAGAUAUCGAGUAAUUUUUCAAGGGAUAUAUAAAUUCGUCGUAAAUAUACUAAGCAAAGUCCUGAAAAUUAGACCUAUCGGUUUUCAUUUAUUAGACCAAAUGAGG